AUGUUGAUUGGGCGAGUCGGAUGCGCUUUAUUUCGUCUCCACAAUGUGUCGAGCUUUCGUCAACAAAUCGUCUCGAAAAGUCGAAUUUCGUUUCGGGCCGGGAAUUCGGGGAUUUUGAGUGAAAUAAAAUUGAACAUCUUGUCGCGAUUCAACAAUUUGUCGACCCGAGUUGUGACGAGGAAUGCGAAAGAAGAAGCACAGGAUAAAGGGAUUGGUUGGUGGCUUCUCGGCUGCGCUGGGAUGGUCUACGGAGCGGUUGCGUUGGGCGGUGUGACGAGAUUAACCGAAUCGGGCUUAUCGAUGGUGAAUUGGGAUCUUUUCCGGACGAUGAAACCGCCGUUUAAUCAAACUGAAUGGGAGGCGGAAUUCGCGCGCUACAAAGAGUUUCCCGAGUACAAAUUCAAGAGUACCACUGAAGAGAUGACGCUGAAUCAAUUCAAAUUCAUCUGGACAAUGGAGUACUUGCAUCGAAUGUGGGGCAGAGCGAUUGGACUGGCUUUCUUCAUCCCGGCCGCCUAUUUCGCGUCACGUGGUCGCUUCACGAUGACGGCAAUGAAGAUUCGAAUGUUUGCUUGUGGUGGCUUGCUACUUGCACAGGGCGGUGUCGGCUGGUGGAUGGUGAAAUCGGGGUUGGAUCCGUCACUCAAUUCGGACACGUCGGUUCCCCGGGUUUCCCAAUAUCGUCUCGCCACUCAUCUCACGCUUGCAUUCGUCUUGUACUCGCUGUUUUUGUGGAACGGACUGCGACAAGUGUUGACGACACCGAUUACGAUCACUUCUGUGCCCAGGAUCGGUAAGUUGAAGGCGCUCACGCAUACCUCGAAGGGUUUCAUGUUUGCCACGGCGAUCAUGGGUGCUUUUGUGGCCGGACUUGACGCGGGACUCGUUUACAACUCGUGGCCGAAAUUCGCGAACGAUUGGAUUCCGCCGAAUCUCCUCGCUCGGGCGCCGAAAUGGAAGAAUUUCUUCGAGAAUGACGUCACCGUGCAAUUCAUUCAUCGCAAUUUGGCCUAUCUAACGCUAGUGUCGAUCACGUUGACGUGGUUGUGCGGUCGGCGGAUGGGUUUGACGAAGCGCGCGCGAUGGGCGUUGAAUGCGUCGAUGGGAAUGGUUUACGUACAAGCCGCGCUAGGCAUCACAACACUGCUCAACUAUGUGCCGGUUUGGUUGGCUGCUUUGCAUCAAAGCGGCUCGAUGGCGCUCAUUUCGUUUGUUCUAUGGCUAGGCACCGAGUUGAAGAGGAUACCGAAA